UUCACACAGGCUCAGCAACACUGGAGUUUUUAUUGGACAACUGGUCUGAAUCUCGAUGUCUGCUGUGAUAUUCAGCUGGUAAAGUCAGGAUUGGCAUAAAUAUGAAAGCAUGGCUCCAACCCGUCUAGUGUGAAGGGUUGAGAGUGGUGGUGAUGUAAUGGUAAGGGUUUUUUUCACUUUGAGACCCUUAUUUCUACCGAGGAUCAUUUCGUCACCGCAUUGUUGGUCACCAUGACAAUCCCUUAUCACAGUGCACCCAUCUCUGUUCUGCCCUUUCUGUUUUGUUUCCCUGUAAAUCAUGUCUAAAAAAGUACAGUCAACUAAAAUUAGACUGAUUUCUGCCUGGUAAUCCUGUCAGCAGCUGUUUCCCAGCUGUUCAUCCCCCACUUAGUGGAUAAACCUGUUUGGUCAGGUAUCAAGGGGUUGUUUUGAUCAACCUCCAAACGAUCAUUUGACGAGCAUAUGACGCAUAUGGGGGUUUCCAAAACAGCGCCCCUACAGGUGGCAGGACGCAACUCCACAUGAUAUCGUCAGAUGGCAAAUAAACAGCAUUUCACUUUAAAGGGCUCUUUGCUCGGCAUGCCAACGAAUUUUAAACGUAUUUCGUGAUAUCUAACGCAAUUUGUUCUCCACAGAGUCCACAGUGUGAUGUGUGUGCCCGCACACAUAACCAACAGUAUUACCUUUAAAACACAAAUGAAUAACUAUUGUUGCCAUUACUGAAGUCACUUCUUUGAUUACUGAAGUCACUUCUUUGUUUCCCAGUUCAGCACAGAAUUAUUUUUAAAAUCCUUCAGUGGUUUUGACCCCCAAUACAUCUAUUAUAGGCCUACCCAGGUGACCAGAUGCCCCUCUUUAUGUGGGUUUGUACAGCAUUUCUAUUCCUUGUCCCACUUUUUGAGACAAUGUCCCGCACUUAGACUGACUCCACAGGCCAGGCAUUUUUCUUAAGUCUAGAUUUUGUGAAGGAAAGGCUUUUUAAUUACAGCAUUAGAGCCAAGUCAUGCUUAGACAAUAGAAACUGAAAGUUGUUAUGGCAGAGAGGGAAAACGAACCUUAGGUGAGUGUGAGGGUGUGGAUCAGCUGAGGCAGAGUGUAUAUAAAGGCUGAGCCCUUCAACUUAGCUGCUGCUCGAGCAUCAUUUACGUUUCCACGUUUGAAGACUUGAAGUGAAAACGUCAUCACAAGACUACAACCAACAUGGAUAUAACUAUUAACAUGCUGGGUGAGUCCCACACUCUGACCGUGAACCCAGAGGACACAGUUGGCUCUCUGAAAAUAAAAAUCUACAAGAAACUGGAAGUCAACCCUCAGACGCAGAAACUGGUUUUCAUAAACGGCCAGAAGACCCCUCUCAACGAUGACUCCAAACCCAUCAGCUACUACGGCUUACAGCACGGCUCCCGGGUGUCCCUGCUGGUCACCGAGCCUCCUCCGCCUGCUCCCAUCCAGGUGUUCCUCAGAAAUGAAAAGGGACACUCCAGCACCUAUGACAUCAGGCUCGACGAGACUGUGAGCAACUUCAAGAACAGAGUCGAGGGGAGAGAGAGGGUGCCAGCGAGCCAGCAGAGGCUCAUUCAUGAAGGCCGGGAGAUGCAGGGUGGCAAACUGGAGGACUACAACGUCAGAAACCACAGCACCAUCUACAUGUUUUUCCGUCUGAGAGGAGGCUGAGGACACUUUAACAUGAUUCAUACACCAGAAAAAAAAUGUAUACUAUAGAAUCUUAAUAAGUUUGACUAAUCUUGUAUUUAUUUUUUUAUUCACUGUUCUCAUUAUGUGUUGUGUAACAAGUUAGCAAAUCUGUGUUUUCAUUUGGCACAACGAACAACUGUAAUUCAUACAAAUCAGCAUUUUAUGGACUCUGUCAUGACAAAUACAUGUUACCUGCACUGAUUACAGAGA